AUGGAGACAGAAGAUAAAGUGUCAACUCUUGAGAGCAAAGAGCAAGUUGAAGGUGGCCAUUGUGAGAAACCGUUGGAACACAGUGUGCAUUUCUCUCGAAUGGGACAGUCAAUUAACAAUUGUGAUGAGUUCGCUCUUUCUCCUUUGUUCAGUUCCGGUGGAUGGAAAAUGCCAGAGACUGCUGUUCCAUCACAUCAUUGCUCCACAGAAGCUUCAGGAUGGUUAAAUGCUACUCAUCCCACCGAGUCCCAGGGAAAAACGAAUGGCACAGUAUGUUUCAACUGGAAUGGCAAGCUCUGCCAUUGGACCAAACAGAUAACGAUUCAAAACUGUUCCAAUUACUUUGUAUAUUUUUUGAAGAAAACAAUGGAAAAACACGCUUACUGCACAGUUGCAGAAUCUGGAGACACUGACCCGUGUGUGUUUCACAACGUGUUGGUACAGCCCUGGAGAAGUUUGAAUUGCCGUAAUUAUGAAUGUACUGGUAAAGCAGAAUGUGAUGUGCACCUUAAACACGGAUGGUAUCGAUUCAAAAGCUCCGGUGGAUGGAAGAUGCCAGAGGUGGUUGUCCAACCAUAUCACUGCUCGACACGUGGAACAGCGUGGUUACAGGGUUCUCAUCCCACCAUGGCCGAUGGGGAAGUGACCAGGAGAGUUUGUAUAAACUGGAAAAGAAAUCAAUGUCACUGGGUCCAUGAGAUAAAGAUCAAAAACUGCAGCAGUUACUUUGUUUAUGAAUUGAAGGCGUUGCAUCAUUGUGCUGCCUACUGCACAGAUCCAAACACUGCUGAACAUGACAACAACGUGACAAAUUCAACUCAGAAACCGACAGAAAGUUCUUCACCAAACAGAGCAGUGACGGCAGAAACAG